GAUCUGUCACAUCUUUGGCUUGAACUAUGUAAUCGUUGUAAUUUACAGAAUCUACGGACUUUCAAACCAAGAAAUAUGUCGUCUAUGACACAGCUAUUUGUUGCUGGCUUAGCCGGCGUGUUUGUGACUAUUUCUGCUAUGUAUUUGUGGACGUUCAUCGGGUUUUGGUACCAGAAACCGAUGCUUGAACCUCAUGGAUUCAACUUAAUGUUAUCGGGCGCAAUUGUACCAGAUCCUUCACCACUUGAAGGGGAAGCUUUAGCUCUUCUAAAGGCGGCCACAACCAUGAAAACUGAAGGAAAGAGAGAAAAGGCAUUAAAGCUUUUCCAACAAGCAUCAGCUUUAUCUCCUCAUAAUCCAGAUAUAUUACUUCAAUAUGGGGAAUUUUUAGAAAGUCAUGACAUUGUCAAAGCAGAGCAUCUUUACAACCGAGCUUUAUCAUUCAAUCCAAGUGACUCCAGAGCACUUACUAAUAGAAAAAGAGCUUUGCCGAAAGUGAAACAAAUUGAUAGAGACAUGCUUAGUAUUAUUGACGAUAAGAGACGGAAACUCUUCAGUUUGCCAGCUGGAAGUUUGUCAAUGAAGCGGGCUGUUAGGGAAGCCUAUUAUCAACACAUCUACCAUUCUAAUGCAAUUGAAGGAAACACCAUGACGCUGUCAAUGACACGUGCCAUUGUGGAAACACGCAUGGCUGUCGCAGGGAAGAGUAUAAUCGAGCAUAAUGAAGUCAUAGGACUUGACGAAGCAAUGAAGUAUAUAAACAGUACAUUGGUGCGGAAAUCAGAGAGCAUAUCUGUUCAUGAUAUCUUACAAAUUCAUAAAAGAGUGUUAGGACAUGCUCAUCCUCUUGAAGCUGGGAUUUAUAGGGUAUCACAAGUUUACGUUGGUGAGCAUGUCCCUCCCCCGCCAUCAGAAGUUGAAAGGCAAAUGUCACAGUUUAAUGAAUGGCUCUUAUCACGAGACCCUGAGAUCUUACAUCCAAUAGAAUUUGCAGCCAUUGCGCACUAUAAACUUGUCUACAUUCACCCGUUCACUGAUGGGAACGGACGGACAGCUAGACUACUCAUGAAUACAAUACUAAUGCGGGCGGGAUUUCCGCCAGUAAUAAUUCGAUUUCAAGAUCGACACAGGUAUUAUGAACAUUUAAAUCAAGCCAAUCAUGGUGAUAUACGGCCUUUUAUAAGGUUUGUUGCGGCUUGUACAGAGAGAACUAUUGACGCUUACUUGGCGUCAACUACAAUCAUUCCUCUUGGUCGAACUCCACGAGAACUAACUGAUGCUCAUGUUAUUGAUGCAGACGAAGAUGACUUAAGCUUUCAUGAUCCCACAAGUUGAUGGAAAUUAUUAUUAAGGGGAUUUUUUAUUGCUGAAAUAGACAGUUUUACCAAUGUUAUGCUGCAAUGCUAAUUGCAAAAAUGUUCUGUUAUCCUAUGAAUAUGCAUAAUGUUAAUCAAAAUUUUAUAUUUCAUCUGGACAAGGAAACUAUAAACACGAAAUGCAAUAAGGAAAAGUGCACACAACAUACGUCCACUAUGAAAUAGGCAGCUAAGCAAAUCAUCUAAAUUAUGCUAAUUCCUUGGUUUCUAUAAAUAAUGCUGAUUAUAACUGUUUUAGAGUGAAGUAAAGGCGGCUAAAUACGAGAUACAAAAACCYUCAACUUGGCGCGCAACAUUGUUUCUGUUAAAGUUGAGUAUCAAAGUUUCUCGUUUUUCAUGCAUCGUCAACUUUAGAAUUUGCAUCAAAAUUAUGCAACAAAAAUACAUCGUGAAAAACGAGAAACACCGAUGCUCAACUUGAACAGAAACAAUGUUUCGCGCCAAGUUGAGGGUUUUUGUUUCUCGUAUUUAGCUGCCUUAAGAAAACCAUGAAACAGAUAUUACUAACACUAAUACACUUUAAAUUGCAUUGUUUUCUUUUGUGUCUAUUUGACUCUCACUUUAAAAGUCAAGUCUUAUUUCACGGGUUAUUGCCCUCACUCUAAAUGCUAGACAAUGGAAUUAGCUGUGAACAAGAUCUAUUUUUACAUCUUUGUGUUUUGCACUUUUUACUUUAGUAGUGUUUGUCCUCUGUCAGUAGUCAAAUAUGUAUAGAAAUAUUUAUUAUCAAAGUUUAUUGGGUUCAGAAGUGGGAAUGAAAAAGGUUUCAAAAUGUUUUAUUUAUGGAUGCUAUGCAUCAAAAUAAAUAAAUCUUCAAUAUUUAUAUCUAAAGAAGAAGUAAGUUCAUGACUGAAUGCUCUGCUAGGUAGAUAUAAUAUUACUUUUUGAAUCACUGUAACCCCAAUGAGGUUUGGAUUUGAACAUGCAACCUACUUUAAAGGG